AUGACUCCUCUGCAACAAGAGAGUGAAGUUGUUGAAAAUAUCAACAACCAACUGGCAUCUCUGAACAUCAACAUUAAUGAUACUGUAGAGGAACAGUUGUGUUUCAGGAAAUCUGGUGUAGAA